AUGUCUCCAUCCGCUAUUGUUCCCGAAACUGCCGAAUCCACUCCCUACAUAGUCCCUCAAACUCAGGUCGCCCUAGGAGGUAAAGUCAUUGCGAUCACUGGAGCAAAUCGUGGAAUCGGUCUCGGCAUUGCAGAAUGCUGUCUCCAGAACGGUGCCGAAAAGGUUUACUCAAUUGAUCUCACUGAACGCGGCGACGAGUAUGCUGCUCUCCUUAAGAGAUUCCCCGGAAAACUCGGCGCCGUUACAGCAAACGUUACACAAGAAGAAAGUAUUACUUCUGCGAUUGACAAGAUCGUUGAGGAGGCCGGUGCCAUCCAUGGAGUAGUUGUCAAUGCCGGAAGGACGAAUCACAAGUCCGCUCUAGACUUUACAAAGGAAGACGUCGAGACUCUUUUCGCUGUAAACGUGCGUUACAUUCUCAUAAACAUGUAUAUGGUUGUUUUCUAA